CCGUGCUGCACAGUCCACGCAGUGAUCCGCACACUGUGCCCACCUGCGCCAGGAUGCCGGACGCCAUGCUCCCUGCCUGCUUCCUGGGCCUGCUGGCCUUCACCUCCGCCUGCUACUUCCAGAACUGCCCUCGGGGCGGCAAGAGGGCCCUGUCUGACUUGGAGCUGAGACAGUGUCUCCCCUGCGGCCCCGGGGGCAAAGGGCGCUGCUUCGGGCCCAGCAUCUGCUGCGGCGACGAGCUGGGCUGCUUCGUGGGCACGGCCGAGGCGCUGCGCUGCCAGGAAGAGAACUACCUGCCGUCGCCUUGCCAGUCCGGCCACCAGCCAUGCGGGAGCGGGGGCCGCUGCGCCGCCGCCGGCAUCUGCUGCAACGAUGAGAGCUGCGUGACCGACCCCGAGUGCCGGGGGGGCUCCGGCUUCCACCGCCGUGCCCGCGCCAGCGACCGAAGCAAUGCGACCGAGCUGGACGGGCCGACCGGCGCCUUGCUGCUGCGGCUGGUGCAGCUGGCGGGGGCGCCCGAGCCCGCGGAGCCCGCCCGGCCCGGCGUCUACUGAGCCGCUCGCUGACACUCUCCCAUCUCCCGUCCCUCCGCAACCUGGAGAAAUAAACCUUUUAA